AUGGUCUCUAGUUCUGCGUGGCGGACUGCUGUGGCGCUGUCCUUGACAGCUCUUGCCCCUCUGGCAGCAGCGGAUCUCUGCGAUAAGUUCGAAGCUCAAGGCAUCUCGGUUGAAUCGCCGGUCAGCAUUAGCUACAUCCAGGAGCAGAACAACUACUGGUCCACGGCAUGCGGUGACCUGAAACCAACAUGCAUCGUCGCGCCGUCCAGUGCCAUGGAGAUGUCGCAGGUGGUCAAGGAGCUGCACGAUGUUGACACCUUCUUUGCCGUGAAGUCUGGCGGCCACAUGCCCAACAAUGGCUUCGCUAGUAUCCAGGACGGCAUUCUUAUCUCAACAAAGAACCUUGAUCAGGUUCUGUACAAUGCUGACGACGAAACCGCCGUCGUUGGACCCGGUCUCGCCUGGGAAGAUGCCCAAUUAGCUCUGGAUAAGACCGCUUCAGGUCGAGCUAUCGUCGGAGGUCGUCUAGGAGGUGUCGGCGUGGGAGGAUACAUGCUCGGAGGCGGUUUGAGCUUCCUCAGUUCCCAGUACGGCUGGGCCGCCAACAACGUCGUCAAUUUCGAAGUGGUUCUUGCCAAUGGCACCGUCGUCAACGCGAACGCAAAGGAGCACAGCGAUCUCUUUGCUGCCCUGAAGGGAGGCGGAAACAACUUCGGAAUCGUCACGGCGUACACUCUCCAAACCCACCCCAUGGACCACAAGGUCUGGGGUGGAAACUACAUCUUCACCGCAGACCAGACUGCCGAUGUCCUGGAAGCCGUCCGCGAUUUCACCGAGAACUACCCCGACGACAAGGCUGCCAUCAUCGUGACCUCCGAGCAUGCCGCCCUCAUUAACACCUGGAUCAUGUUUCUGUUCUACGACGGGCCCGAGCCGCCUCAGGGUGUGUUUGACCGAUUCAAGGCCCUCAACCCCACCGACACGACAAAGACCUGGGACACCUACUACGACCUGCUCAAGCACAAUGACUUCUUUAUCCUCAAGGGCCAACGCUACACGAUCGCCACGGAGACCACCCCGAUCCCCAACGCCACCGUCGGCGCGGAAGUCAUGCAGACCUACUACGACCACUGGUUCAACAUCACCAAGACGGUCCUCGACGUGCCGGGCGUGAUUGGCUCCCUCGCCCUGCAACCGAUGCCGCCUGCGAUCACCAAGAAGGCCAAAGCCAUGGGCGGCGAUCUGAUCAACUUCCCCGACGACCAGGCAUACAUCGUCAUCGAACUGGACUUCUCGUACUCGUUCGCCGCAAGCGACAACAAGAUCGACGCCGCGAACAAAAACCUCUUCAACGGCUUCAACGAGAUCAUCUCCAACUACGUCGACCAGGGCGUGCUCCCGGACGUCUACCGCCCGCUGUUCAUGAACGACGCCAACUACGCGCAGGACUACUGGGCGCGCAUGGACCCGGCGUCGGUGCAGAUGGCGCGUGCCGUGCGGCAACAGUACGACCCGGAGAUGUUCUUCCAGAAGCGCACCAGCGGAGGGUGGCGUCUCGGCUAG